ACCCACUCCUACACGCCUCCCCCUGCAUCCAUCCCUCCCUCCUCACCUAUCCCUCCCUUCACAAGCCCCUCCCAUUGCCCCUCACACUUCACACCCCCUGUGUCACCUCUGGCCCUCCAGACUCCUCAGAUGAGAGCAGGGCGCAUGACGGUGGUAAAAAAUAACUGAUGGUGUGAAGGGGGAAGGAGGAAGGAGGGAGGCUGAGCCCCAAGGGACCCCUGGGGUUGAGGGCAGAGAAGUGCCAGCCUCCUGAGCCCAGGAGAUGGCUCUGACCCCGCCCCUUCCCCCUCCCUCACCGCUUCUGGGAGGCUCUUUGCUCACCGUCUUGCUCAAGGGUCCUCUCAGUCUGGCUUAUACUCCGCGAACCAAACCAAGUGGACGAGCUCACGGAGUGGUCCUGGCUGCCACCCAAGACUCCCCCCCCACGCCCUCAGGGAUGCCUCUUCACCCUGGCUCCUUGGCCCGCUGCGUUCCCCCCGUCUCCAGUUCGUGGGGGCUUCUCUGAGUCCCCGCCCCCACGUCCAAGCCCCCAUGGCGGGCGCAGCAGCAGGGAGCCGGGGGCGGCCACAGCGGGUGAACGUGCAUGAGCACAUGGCCAUCGACGUGAGCCCCGGCCCCAUCCGGCCCAUCCGCCUCAUUUCCGACUAUUUCCCACACUUCUACCCCUUCGCUAAGCACACUCUAAGCGCCCCAGACCCACACCCUGCAGCGAUCCCUGCCAUUCGCUCUGCACCCCGGCAGCGGGCCGACCCAGAGCCAGAGGGAGAUUCAGAUGACAGCACUGCCCUGGGCACCCUCGAGUUCACGCUUCUUUUCGAUGCGGACAACAGCGCCCUGCACUGCACGGCUCACCGGGCCAAGGGUCUCAAGCCACCAGCCUCAGGCUCUGUGGACACCUAUGUCAAAGCCAAUCUGCUGCCAGGAGCCAGCAAGGCCAGCCAGCUGCGGACUCGCACAGUUCGGGGCACAAGGGGGCCCGUCUGGGAGGAGACGCUCACCUAUCACGGCUUCACCCGCCAGGAUGCUGGGCGAAAGACACUGCGGCUGUGUGUGUGUGAGGACCCGCGACUGCGGCGAAGGCGGGGGGCGCCUCCCCUGGGGGAGCUGCGGGUGCCCCUGAGGAAGCUGGUGCCCAACCGAGCCAGGAGCUUCGAUGUGUGUCUGGAGAAGCGGAAGCUGACCAAGAGGCCCAAGAGUCUGGACACCGCCCGUGGCAUGUCCCUGUAUGAGGAGGAGGAGACGGAGGCAGCAGGGGACGAGCGCGGGCGCAUCCUGCUGUCGCUGUGCUACAGCUCUCGGCAGGGCGGCUUGCUGGUGGGUGUCCUGCGCUGUGCCCACCUUGCCCCCAUGGAUGCCAAUGGCUAUUCGGACCCCUUCGUCCGCCUUUUCCUGCAUCCAAACGUGGGGAAGAGACGUAAAUACAAGACCAGUGUUCGGAAAAAGACCCUGAACCCCGAGUUCAAUGAGGAAUUCUUUUAUGCAGGCCCAAGGGAGGAGCUGGCCCAGAAGACACUGCUAGUGUCUGUAUGGGACUAUGACCUGGGCACAGCUGACGACUUCAUUGGCGGGGUGCAGCUGAGUAGCCACGCCAGCGGGGAACGCCAGCGGCACUGGUGUGAGUGCCUGGGCCGCAGUGACUGCCGACUGGAGCUGUGGCACCCGCUGGACGGUGUGCCCCCCCAGCUCAGCGACUAGAAGGGGUACCCGGCCCGGCCCCGCUCACCACCCUCCCCCAAACGGACCCACAGAGCCGGGAGGACCUGGAGCUGCCUCACCCACCGUGCCCAGCCCCACGUCAAACUGUUUGCUCCCUUACCCCUGCGUCCAAGUUCACCCCUCUGCCAACCAUGAAGAAUAAACUUCCAAACCAGGCCAGA